AGUGCUAAAAAAACUCAUCAAGUAAUAAAGAAGCCAAAACUAUUUGCUUGCUAUAAGGCCACAAAUUAACCUAUGGACUCAAAAAUAUCCUUUGUCACUCUCUUUUUUUCCUUCAAUCUUUUUUUCUUUACCUUUGUUAGUAGCGGCUGGUAUCACAAUAAUUUACACGUAUCGCUAUAUGUUUCAGCUCCGAAACCAAAGACAAACCCUAACCCUAACCUGAAUCGAAACUUGAACCUGAACCUGAACAUGAACCCAAACUCGAACCUGAACCCGAGCCCGAGCCCGAGCCUAUCAGAAGAAUCUUGCCCUAGAGAUGCCCUAAAAUUAGGGGUAUGUGCCAAGUUGUUAAAUGGGAUUGUGGGAAUAGUUAUAGGAAAUCCACCAAAGAAACCUUGUUGUUCAUUAUUAGGUGGACUUCUGGAUAUUGAAGCUGCACUUUGCCUUUGCACAGCUAUGAAAGCAAACAUUCUUGGAAUUAAUAUUAACAUUCCAAUUUCAUUGAACUUGCUUAUGAAUAUUUGUGGGAAGAACCUCCCCUCUGGCUUCAUCUGUCGUCCUUGAAGUUUUUUUUGUUUAACCAUCUGGUAUUAAGUGCCGGCUAAAUGGUGACUUUAGCCACAAGAACUUUUUAUGUAUUAUAUAUAAAAUUAUAAAACAACAACAACAACUAUUAUUAAUGAAAAAGUUGUGAAUUUUAUGUUUUC